AUGUUACAGAAAUUCAUCGUUUUGGCUCUUGCUUUGAUUGGUGCCGCUUCAGCCGGUUACAUCGCCCCAUACAGUGGACUCGGUUGGGGACACGCUGUCGCUGCUCCAGCUGUUGCUGCUUACCAUGCUUCAGUUGUCGCCCCAGCUGUAGCUCACGCCGUUGCUGCCCCAGUCGUUUCUACCUACAAUGUUGCUCCAGUAGUUAAAUCUGUCGUUGCUGCCCCAGUUGUUGCUCACGCUGCCGUCGCUGCUCCAGCUGUUGCUGCCUACCAUACUCCUGUUGUUUCAACCUACCAUGCUCCAGCUGUUGUUGCUCAUGGAUACCAUGCUCCAGCUUGGGGAUAUAAUGGUAUUUGGAAGAAGAAGGCUGCUAAAUUCGUCGUUUUGGCUCUUGCUUUAAUUGGUGCCGCUUCUGCUGGCUACAUCGCUCCAUACAGUGGACUCGGUUGGGGACACGCCGUCGCUGCUCCAGCUGUUGCUGCUUACCAUGCUCCAGUUGUUGCCCCAGCUGUAGCUCAUGCCGUUGCUGCCCCAGUCGUUUCUACCUACAAUGUUGCUCCAGUAGUUAAGUCUGUUGUUGCCGCACCAGUUGUUGCUCACGCUGCCAUCGCUGCUCCAGCUGUUGCUGCCUACCAUGCUCCUGUUGUUUCAAGCUACCAUGCUCCAGCUGUUGUUGCUCAUGGAUAUCAUGCUCCAGCUUGGGGAUAUGGUGGUAUCUGGAAGAAGAAGGCUGCUGCCUAAAUUAGAUUUUUGGAUUAGUUUUAAAUAAAGUUCCGUGACCUGAA